CAAGAGGCGGCCAAGAAGUCCCUAAGGGCAGCCGGGUGCACAGAGUUAGUGUGGCGCACAGUGUGUGCAAGCUCUGGACACUGGCUGGCCGGAUCGCUUCCCUAUUCGCAUGUAGGAGCCAAGAGGGUGCCCUCCAUAGAACUGUCGAGCAGCCAACACAGUAGACCAACCCAAGCCACAGUCUGUUGGUGCUGGCGGCCUUGAGCCUCGUACGGGGGUGCAGGGGCAUGCUGGCCCAGCAUUCGAAAAUAGAGAGCCCGGGUGGCCCGACACUGCACACCUUUGAGUCUGUCGACCACGUGGGCCUGGAAUGGAUGCCACACAGCAACAGUACUGAAGCCUAGGCAGGACCAAGGCAGUAUAUAGUGCACAAUAUAUUUCAGGCCCCCUUGGCUUUUGAAACACUGGUAACAAAGCCAAGAGUUUGGCGUGCCUUUGAGGCAGUGUUGGUGAUUUCGCGACAGAAGUCUAGAGAAGAUAACUCCUAAGAUAGGAAUCAACUGAAUGACGCCAAUUGGAGUGCCUGACAGGGUGUAAGCUGAAAGGGAAGUAGAAUGACUUGGUGAGGUGCGUUGCAGUGCUAGUGCUUUUGUGCUGGCUUAUUGCGAGGUUGUUGGUUCUAGCCCAGCAGCCGAUCUGGUCAAGGAAGUCCUGGACACCUGACACAGAGAAGGGCAACGUUACUGGGGCCAGAGCAGUGGUGUUGUCUGCGUAUUGGACAAGCAGACAUUUGCUAGAUGCAAGCAUGUCGUUGACAUGUAAUAGAAGGACUGUUGACUGUACUGUACAACUCUCCCUUGGAGACGACAUCAUUAGCCAGGCGAGCUGGUUGUUAAUCGACAUACCCAAGGCAGAGGUGAAAAUUUACAAAACAACGUCUCAAUGACUUUAGACAUGGUUUGUCCUUUUUUGCCUCCGUCUCGGGUUUCAGUAUGUCGACAAACUCUCCCUUCACGUUCUAGCAUAUUUGCUGAUUUGAUCACCUUUUGUUUUUGCUUCGGUUCCAAGUUUUCUCUAUAGCCAUGAUGCAGUAAAUGAUCAGCAUGGCCUUGUCAUAAGUGAUGCCAAACAAAGGUGCCAGCUGGGGAAACUCCGCGGUGCUUGCCGCCCCGGCCACCUUCGUGAGUGGCGUCGGCUUCCGCUGCGAGCAGUGCCCCUACGUGACCCCCAAGCAAGCCCAGAUGACCUUUCACCUCCGCAGCCACGCCGGCCUGCGUGUCUACGAGUGCGCCGUCUGUCGGCUCCUCUUUCAGACGCAGAGCCACCUUAACACCCAUAUGCACACGCACACGGGGGACAAGCCCUUUGCAUGCACCCUGUGCAGCGCCACGUUUCGGCGUAAGGUGGGGCUCGUGGAGCACAUGCGAGGACACACUGGCGAGAUGCCCUUCACGUGCGGCAUCUGCAAGUCGGCCUUUGUGCGCAAGGGCACCCUCCUAGACCACAUGAAGACUCACACCGGGGAGCGGACGUACAAGUGCAAUUGGUGUCCGCAGGUGUUCCGGUCGCGGGUGGCCAAGCACAGACACACCCGGAAGACACACGACCUGUAGGCGGGGUGGUAGUGUAACGUGCGUCUGACUGGCGCACCUAUGACGACUUCGUCUCGUGUUCCUCGAUGCUUGCCUUGUGAUGUUGCAACUGCCUCGAUCGUAGCCGGCCGCGAUCUUGGAGACGACACGGCAGAGAAGGCGUGUAGGAAGAAACGCCCUCUCUGCAUGGCUUGUUCUGCAGCGGCCCCAUGGGUGACGAGAACUCGGGCAGGCGCGUGUUGGGACGCCGCAUCAACAGCAAUGCGUGCUUUCGCUCAGCAACCAGUGGGAUUGCGACGCCAAUGACACGAUCUGUAACUUUGUUUUACCUUCCAACGUUUCGCGAUAGAUGCUACGAGCCGCCAGAGCCAAUCCAUAGCACGGAACAUGUUGCACAUCUUUGUGGUUGAGGGGAGUGAUGCGUGGAGUGUGAAGUCGUAUUGCACGUGCGAUACACUGAAUUGACUGACAUGGCUUGUAGCGUUCGUUGCAGUACAUUAGCGUCGUUCGAUUUACUUGCACCUCCUGCACCAGUACUGAAAAGUGUAGGGCAGUGUACUUCUACUGUGUAUUGAGACACGACCGGAAGUACACUGCAGGUAAAUCGAACGAGGUUGUUGUAAAAUAAAACACCGACUUUGUCGCCAUUUUUGGAUUGUUCUGGAUGCACGGGCGGUAUGGGAUGCUGAAUGUGCUAGUGCAGGAUGCGUUCCAGGCAUCGUAGCUCUACCAUAUUGGCGAGGGCAUGGGUAAACGAAGCAAUAAUUAGUUACAAAGUAGGUUCCCACUUUCUUUGGAGCAAAGAGUUUGUAACUGCUUGCCGAAGACCAGUUCAUUUUCUGGGUCAACAUUUGCGAGUCCGUACUCCUACGGGGUAAUCCUAAAACAUGCGAGCUGAUUCAUAUUUUUCCCCCUCCCCCUUUUUUUUUUUUAUUGGCGGAUAUUCAAUUUUUGGAAAACGUCUAUGCCAAUGUAUAUGAAAAAGAAAGGAAAUUCUGAAUGACUAGGAAUGGUGUGUUGCCAUUCGAAGGAGAGACAUGCACUGUGCCCAUGAAGUACUAUGAUUUGACUUGGAAGUUUAUAGAGAAUCUCUUAUUUUCUUGAUUAGAAAGGUACUUGGCUCCGUGGCCAAUCUUUUCUCUUCUUUGCACCUUUCAUAUUUUCUCUCCUCCAGUUUUCAAAGUUGCUUCUAUAUACUUAUUCUUUUGUAAAUGCCAAAUUUUUUUUUUUUUCAUAUCCUGUUACAUAGUAGUCGUUUUCAUUCUCACAGUGAUUUAAAGGCGAGAUUUUUGUGCUCCUACUUUGGCGCCCACAAGGUAUAGUGUUAGUCCAGUGAAUAAAAUGAGGAUGUGUUGGUUAGCGUUCCCAACUCGCAAUGUUUUUCCCCCAUAUUAAUAGUUCCAUGCUUUUAAGGAGUAAACUAUUUUGGUACCCAGA